GGGGGGCGCGGGGCUCCGUCCCCGCCCGAGCGCGGCGCCGCUGCCGGAGGAUGAGCUGGGGCCGGCCCAAGGACAUGGAAGCCGCCGCUGCCGCCUCUGCUCACUUCAGCUUCUGCCGCAGCCUCCUGGAGCACACGGUGUCGGCCGAAAACCUCAGCUACCGCCUGCAGCGCAACCCGGGCAGCAGCCUCACCUGGCACGACGGCCGCAGCCAGCGCCCCGACGGCGGCCACGCCGUCAAACUCCUGCGGCAGCCGGGCACCGAGGGCUCCCAGGUCCGUGGCUGUGACCACUAUGGCAUCUACCACACCAGCCCCACGCUGGGCAGCCUGGUCAAGCCAGUGGUGCUGUGGACCCAGCAGGAUGUGUGCAAAUGGCUGAAGAAGCACUGCCCACACAACUAUCUCAUCUACGUCGAGGCGUUCUCCCACCACGCCAUCACAGGCCGGGUGCUGCUGCGGCUGAACGGGGAGAAGCUGCAGCGCAUGGGGAUCGCGCUGGAGGCGCAGCGGCAGGAGGUGCUGCAGCAGGUGCUGCAGCUGCAGGUGCGCGAGGAGGUGCGGAACCUGCAGCUGCUCAGCCAAGCUUCUUUUGGAAAUGUCUCCUAGCUGAUCCGUCUGUUUGGCAGAUUGCACCAACACUGUGAACCGAGCUCCGCUGGGAUGGGCUGUGCACCGCCGAUAUGAGACCUGAGCCACACGCUUGGAAUAAGAAGAGCUUCCCAGACACUCCAGGGCUCCUCUCCUGCUUCUUCCUUCUCUUUCUUUUAAAGGAAUACGUUCCUGUGCAGGGAUGGAAGGUUUCUUCCAGCAGACAUGGCUCUUGGCCAGAGGAAAAUCAGCAAACCAGCUGCUGGGACAGAUGAUGAACUUCCAUCCACCUGAGCCUGAUGGUUCACAGGGAAAGAGAUGGAAAAAAGGAGAUGGCAAAAGGCAGGGCUCAGCACUGUGGAGAAAGGGACAGUGGUUCCAGGGACAGCUCGGAGCCAUGUGCAGGACACUGAAGCAUUAUGCACUUGGGCAACAUCCCAGCACCCGGCAACUCAUGUCCAUGCCUCAGUGCUUAUUUAGGGAGCUUUGGUUUCCUCAUCAGACUGGGCUGCCUUCCAGCAUCCGGGGAGGUGACGUUAUCAGUAGCAAAUAAGAUGAUACAACCAGCCAAAAAAUUCAAAGCUGGGCCAAGACCCCAGCACCCGGCUCCAUUUGGUGAGUUAAAAAGGGAGCUGAGUCAUCAGAGCUGGAAAAUCUGGGAGUAAAAGCAGGGUGGAUGCACCAGGAGGUUGCCAUGGCCUGGAGGAAGCUGUGAAAGGAGAUCAUCCUUCAUCUGCAGGCAAACGGGGGAGCCCCUGCAGGGGCUCGGGGAGCAGGCAGGGGUGCUGCUGGGUGCUGAUAGUUGCUGCCCAGGCUGGG